AUGACGCCAGACCCAGAUGCCACCGACGAGCAGCUAUAUGCUGAAUUGCCAGCCCCUCGAUACGUCUCGCCUGCAGAGUUUAUCGAGACCUACCAUCCCAAUGUUCUUGCGCCCCUCGUUCGAUGUUCAAAGCUCCCCUUUCGGCAUCUCACCUCUCUAUACGAGACUCAUAUCACCCAUACUCCGAUGAUAUUGGCAGAAGAAUUCUCGCGCGCUCAGAUAGCCAGGACGUCCGAUUUCAGCACCAGCAGUGAUGAAAGAGGCGUAUACUGGAUGACACCAAAGAACGGAAGCGCAAAGGGCAAAGAGAGAGAACACAACCAAGACUGUCAUCCAGAAGACUGUCGACCGACAAAGGCUUGGAAAACAUACCAUCACCCACCAUCUACCACGCGCCUGCCUCCAACUCCUGUCCCGCCCAGUGCCCAUGCUGAGCUGGUACGGGGUGUCCUGCUUGCUCAGUUCGCGUCGCCUAACGGAAAGUCUCUUGCGGAUGCCGCGGAGCUCAUAUCUCCGUUUGUUGAUGGGCUUGAUCUAAACUGUGGUUGCCCGCAGAAGUGGGCUUAUAAUGAGGGCAUCGGAUGUGCUCUGCUCAGAAAAGCAGAUCUUGUACGGGAUAUGGUGAGGGCCACGAAAGACAGAAUGGGAUGGGACUGGCCAGUGAGUAUCAAGAUCAGGAUUGACCGAGACCCCAAAAUGACAGAGCUGUUGAUAUCCAAUGCUCUUCAAGCCGGUAUAUCCCACCUUACCAUACAUGGCCGUAACCGCCACCAACCAUCCACGGAUCCUGUCAACCUUCCUGGCAUCAAGUUUGCGGUAGAGUGUGUGAAGGGAGAAGUACCAUGUGUAGCCAAUGGUGAUUUGUGGGAGCUCGAGGACGCAAGAAGGAUGCGCAGAGAGACGGGCGUUGAAGGAGUCAUGGCAGCAAGGGGUCUUUUAGCCAAGUGA